CAUUUACUGUCUUUGUCACCAAGGGAGGUUUGAGAAGAAGAUCAUUUCUUUAAAAUGUAUUUUACCAUAACGAGAGCUAUAUCCCAGAUUACUAAGUGUAAGAAAUACAGUCUUACACACAUAACUGGCUUACAUAGAGAUGACAAGAAUUAUGGGCGGAUGCUUUUUCGAAUGCUUCACUUCUCUGAGAGAAAAACCCAACAAUUUAAUAAGCCUUUAUCAGCAAUGACUCAGAUGCCACGCCCGGGGGGAAUAGCUUCAUUUAUGCGGUUACCAAUUCAAGACACAUCUCAAGGCCUCAAUGUUUGUUUUGUCGGAGUUCCUCUAGAUAUUGGUACAUCCAACAGAUCCGGAACGAGAUUCGGACCAAGACAAAUUCGUACAGAGUCCGUGAUUGUUCGGCCUGUAAAUGGGAGUACAGGAGCUAUGCCUUUGGAGACUCUCCAGGUUGCAGAUGUUGGCGACAUCCCUAUCGCGAUGUAUGAAAUUCAGCAGGCAGUCAAAGAUAUCAGAUCAGGGAUACAGAAGAUAUUAAGUAAUGGCUGUAUCCCGUUGACGAUGGGCGGUGAUCAUACAAUCACUUAUCCAAUUUUACAGGCGAUUAAAGAGAAACAUGGUCCCGUAGGAUUGAUCCAUAUUGAUGCUCAUGCUGAUGUUAGUGAUGAGGUCCUGGGAUGUAAAAUACAACAUGGAACUCCCUUCAAGCGAGCAGUAGAUGAAGGACUUUUGGACUGUAAGAGGGUAGCUCAGAUUGGACUUCGAGGAACUCUUUAUGUGGAUCAGGACUUCCGGUACCAAUGGUCAAGAGAUCAGGGGUUCAAGGUUGUUCAUGCGGACGAAUGUUGGCACAAAUCUUUAACUCCAUUGAUGAAGGAAAUUCGAGCCCAGAUGGGAGAUGCGCCAGUCUAUGUCAGCAUUGACAUUGAUGCUCUUGAUCCUGCUUAUGCUCCUGGUACAGGUACUCCAGAAAUAGGUGGUCUAACCUCAAUCCAAAUGUUAGAGUUAGUUCGUGGUUGUAGAGGUCUGAACAUUGUCGGUGGUGAUCUUGUUGAGGUUUCACCUCCUUACGACACAUCCGGGAACACAGCACUUGCAGGGGCCAACAUUCUGUUCGAACUGCUUUGUGUUCUUCCAGGAGUAAAAUACCUGCAAUUCUAACUACUUAAAUCACUAGCAAAGAGCCAUUUAAAUUUCAUAUGAGCGUCACCUCAAAAAACAACAACAGGUAAUUAAUGUAUUAGCGGAAACAUGAAGUACAGAUAAGCUUCAUCAAGUGGGUCAUUAAACACUGAACCAAAGUUAGCCUAACGAACUUCGAUAUUCUGUCUGCAACAUCUAUUGUGAGCAGUUUGAUUCUGAGCAUAUUCUUUCUUGCUAGCAUGAUGCUUAUCAUGUUGAGUUUCGUGUAUAAAGUACAGUAAUACCCCCUUUAGCGCUCAGAAAGGGUUCCUGAGAACAGAGCUCUAAACGAAUCAACUCUAAACAGUGUCAUUUUAUAAAAAUGGUGUAUUUAAGUGUUUUACACUCACACAAAAGAAAAACACUUAAAUACACCAUUUCGAUUUUCGAUACCUCACUACUAUAAAGGCUUGGUUUGGUCUGAUACUUCAUU